UACGUUGACGCCAAGUCCACAAGACUUAAAAAAAAAUCAAGGCGUGCCCACCAGACGAGACGACAAAAAGAACAUGAAUUUUCCCGGGCAAUGCCGUUCUUCUUGGUUCGUCGAUAUGAAUCCGAUGAUUUUUCCAGGUCCAAGAAAAGUCCACCAUGCCCGGCAGUGGUUUCUCUCCGGGGCGACUUUUCCCGACAGACCCAGAAGCAGAAGCAGAAGCAGAACACAGUUCACAAACUUUACGUGGAGCUAACCGGAACGGUCUGAAUCGAUGAGGGGUCUCUGCUUUCGCUCCCCAACCCCCUCUCUCCCACCUCCUCCGAGAACCCCUCGGGCCGCCUCGCCCGUCGCUCGCCGGCUCUCCGACUCCUCCGCCGAGAACGUCGUCGAAUCCUCUGCGGCGGCGAUCGCGAAGUGGGACCCGGAGUCGCGGUCCCCCCGCGCCAGAGUCGCCUCCAUCUUCCUGGAGGACCGAGCGGAGGCCCUGCAGUUCCUGCAAUGCGUGCAUGACCUAAGAAAGGCCAUGGACUCGCUGCCGUCCGAGAACUCCGGUUCUGAGAUGCUCUUGCAGGGGCAGCGCUCGAUGCAGAUUGCGAUGAAGAGGCUCCAGAAGGAGCUGUACCACGUGCUCUCUUUGGAUGGAGCCUGCUUGGACCCUGGGUCCAUUUCCGUGAGAUCGAGUGGCUCGAUUUGCGAUAGUGACUCUGGCGGUGAAGGGCUGCGGCCGCCUUCCAUGGCGACGACGGAUUUGAGAUCCAUUGUGGAGUGCAUGAUCUCUUCUGGCUACGCCAAGGAGUGCAUUGCCAUGUACACUGUCGUCCGGAAAUGGGUCGUUGACGAGGCGAUUCGUCGUCUCGGGGUCGAGAAAUUCGGUGCUUCGCAGGUGAAAACCAUGGAUUGGGAGGUUCUGGAGGUGAAGGUGAAGUUGUGGAUAGAUGCGGUGAAAGUGGCGAUGACCAGCCUCUUCGCCGGCGAGAGAAUUCUCUGCGACCACUCUUUCUUCGCCUCCGAUUCCAUUGGGGAGUUGUGCUUCGCGGAAAUAUGCGGAGAUGGUGCGGCUCGUCUGUUUAAAUUCCCGGCAAUCAUCGCGAGGAGGAGCACGAAGUCGCCGGAGAAGAUAUUCCUCCUGCUCGACAUGUACGCGGCCAUCUCCGAGAACUGGCUGGAGAUUGAAUCGAUGUUCACGUUCGAUUCGACCUCUGGAAUCCGGUCGCAGGCUCUUGCGUCGCUCGUUCGGCUCGGCGAGUCAGUGCGUGCGAUGUUGACCGAGUUCAAGUCGACUAUCCACAAGGACUCCUCCAAAUCUGUUGUAGCGGGCGGAGGAGUCCACCGCUUGACGGUCUACACCAUGGACCACCUCUACCGCCUCGCCGCCUACGGCAACACCCUAGCCGAAAUCGUUGCUGACUGGUCGCCGCCAGCGAAGCCUUCCCUGCCGGAAGAUUACUUCGAGGGAUCCCACUCCGACGAGGCACCCGCGCCGGCGAUUUCCCUGCAAAUGGCAUGGCUGAUCCUUGUCCUCCUCCGCAAGCUUGAGGGCAAGGCGGAGCAAUACCGAGACGUCUCCGUCUCGUACCUCUUCCUGGCGAACAAUUUGCAACACAUCAUAUCGAAGGUGCGAGCGUCGAACUUGCGAUACCUGCUUGGCGAGGAGUGGGUCGCGAGGCACGGGAGGAAGCUGAGGCAGUUCGCUGAGAACCACGAGCGGAUCACAUGGGGCGAGGUGGGGGCGUCGCUGCCGGAGGACCCGAGGGCGGCAAUCUCGCCAGCGGAGGCCAGCGAACGGUUCAGGAGGUUCAACGCGAGGUUCGAGGAGGCCUGCGGGAGGGAAGCGACGAGGGUCGUGGCGGACCUGAAGCUCCGAGAGGAGAUGAGGGCGUCACUGGAGAGGAAGGUGGUCCGGGCGUACGGGGAGUUCUAUGACGCUCACUGGCUCACCGUCGGCGGCGAAACCAGCGGGGCGACCUCGAUCAAGUAUACACCCGAAGACGUGGGGUAUUACCUGGCCGGUCUCUUUUCCGAGUCGGCGGUUUCAGGGAUUGAGUCUUGGCCAUCGCCGUCGCCGUCGCCGGCAUUUUCGGGUUCUUCGCCAUCGCUGUCGUCUGGCCGGUGGCAUCCGAGAACUCAAUUGAGGGAAAGUCUGGUGCCACGUGGCAUAUCGACGUAGGCGUUACGAUACUCGGCCAAAUGAUUUGUUUUAAGUAAUGUGUAUGAUCUUUCUCAACACAGGAUUAGAGGCAGAUUUAGCACUCAGCAGU